AUGAAGUCCUCUAUCAUCAAACUAUUUAUCCUGGUUUUUCUUCUCUUACUGGUACUCCAACUCAUAUUCUUCUACUCCUCAACUAUAGAUGUUGUCAAUAUAGUUGGUCAACUAGGUAAUUCGGGAUUAGCGGAUAGUGGCGGUAGAUUUGGCCCACGUGAUCAGCUGGAGACACUUGGUGAUAUGGGUCGUCCAGUUGUCUUACCUGAGUUUCUAAAAGCUGAAUCUAAGCUCACAUUUCAUGUAAAUGAAUUCAAUCUUGUUGUUAGUAAUUUGAUUGGUCUACGUCGUAAUUUAGAUGAUUUUCGUCAUCCUAGUUGUAGGCAACCAAUACCAUUGGAUAAAUUGAUUCCAUUCAAAACAAGUGUUAUUAUUGUAUUCCAUAAUGAAGCUUGGUCAGCUUUAUUGCGUACUGUUCAUUCGGUUCUUGAUCGUACACCAGUACAAUUGCUUCAUGAAAUUAUUCUUGUAGAUGAUGCUAGUACACAAUCCCAUUUAGGUGAUCAAUUGAAAACUUAUGUAAAUUCACUAAAUAAACCUGUACGAAUUGAACGAAUGUCAAAUCGAAGUGGUUUAAUACGUGCUCGAUUACAUGGAGCGAAAAUUUCCACUGGUAAAACGCUUACAUUCUUAGAUGCACAUUGUGAAGUGACUAUUGGUUGGCUAGAAACUCUACUUAGACAUAUUUCAGAAAAUCAAGAACGUAUAGUUUGCCCGAUCAUUGAUGUUAUUAGUCAUGAUACGUUUGAAUAUCUUCUUGGUUCUGAUCGUACAUGGGGUACAUUCGAUUGGCAAUUUAAUUUCCAUUGGGAAAAUGUUGUAGAUAGAGAAAUAGAGCGUAUUAAUGAUGAGCAUAAUGUCCCGUUACGAACACCUACUAUGGCUGGUGGUCUAUUCACCAUUACUCGUGAAUACUUUUAUAAGAUUGGUGCUUAUGACGAAGAUAUGGAAAUAUGGGGUGGUGAAAAUAUUGAAUUAUCAUUUCGUGUUUGGCAAUGUGGCGGUGAAUUACUAAUCGAUCCUUGUAGUCGUGUUGGACAUGUAUUUCGUAAAUCUUCACCAUAUACAUGGCCCGGUGGUGUUAGUCAUAUAUUACAUAAGAAUUUUGUACGUACUGCACUAGUUUGGUUAGAUCAGUAUAGUCGAUUUUAUUUUAUGCUGAAUCCAUCUGCUUUAUCAGUUAACUAUGGAGAUAUUUCUAAACGUAAAAAACUUCGUCAACAAUUAAAUUGUAAAAGUUUUCGUUGGUAUUUAGAGAAAAUUUAUCCUGAAUCAUCUAUUCCAAUUGAUGUGAUAAGAUUAGGUGAAGCUGAAACAUCGAAUAAAUAUUUACAUUUAUUUGUUCCGUCGAAUAUUCGAAGAAAUAUUCACUGUUUUUUUUCUCAAAGUAUGUUUGGUACAUUGUCAAUUUCUUAGUGUUCUCAAUCUGUUCCUCCUAUCAAUUUUUAACAUAUUUUCUUGCUUCAAAUGUUAGGACAAUCAUAGGUGUAUGGUUUUUUUCAGACUCAUAUCUUAAUCACUUAUUCAUUGAAUUCAUAAGUUUAUCAUUAUGUAUCCGUUUUCUAAAAUGCUGGAAUUCGACACAGAAUCUGUUCAAAUCCUUAUGGUUGUGAAUAAAGAAAAAGCAACGAUGUGUGUCUCUAUCCUUCCGAGUUCUUAUGAAGCCGUUUCUCUGAACAGCACAUUGACGACUGUUAACGGGGAUCCAUUCUAAUAGUGUUUUUUAUACCCUCGUACUAUGCCUACACCCACCAGUUCACGGGAACUAGCCAUCGGGUCGCCAGAUACACGGAUAGUUGUAUGUCGUUGGCUCUCCGUUUCGACGAAUUGAGGUUAAGUGUGUGAUAACCACACUAGGAUCUUGUAUACGUGUUUCAAAGUCACAGCAUACAUUAAUCGUACGAGAUUCUAGGGUUUUAGCCAACGAGGUCUGCUGGCCGAUUGAACACGGUGCGUAUGUUGAAGACUCUAAUAGGUCGUUUGAAGCGAGGUUUUUAGUAGACCUGGG